AUGAGUACGGCCAUUGAAUCAGGCAAGCACAUGAUCGCCGUGUGUCAGCUAACUUGUAAGAACGAUCUGAAUGCCAACUUCGAAGUGUGCCAGAAGUUUGUAAAGGAGGCUGUUGACAAAAAGUGCAAGGUAAGUUGUGUUUGAUUAAUUACAGUAAUUAAAAGAGUGAUAUAUUGAAUAGUUAUGUUAAUCAAGAUAUUGUCAUCUUGGUUUAUUUGUGAAUUAUAGUCUAGUACUUUGACAUACUUUAGAUGGCAUUCUUCCCAGAAUGCUUUGAUUACAUUGGAGAGAACAGACAAGAGACUAUAGACUUGGCCUUCAACGAGGAUUCUGAGUUCAUGAACAAGUUCAAGCAGCUGGCCAAAGACAGUAAUGUUUGGUUGUCACUUGGUGGCUUUCACAACAAGGUAGUGUUACUCGGUUCCUUUAAAGAGUUAAAUGAUUACGUUAUUAAAAGGAAAUGUAAAGAUCUUACGGUGCUUACAAUAAAAUGCUUCAUGUAAUACAUAAAUAUUAACUUCAGAAGUUGAAAUUAGUUUUUCAGUCCAAAGACGACCAACUACCCUUCAACACCCAUAUUGUGAUAGAUUCAAGUGGCAAAACCCAGGCCCAGUACCACAAGCUCCACUUGUUCGACCUUGACAUCCCUGGUCGUGUCAGAUUAAUGGAGAGUGAAUUCAGUCGAGAAGGCACCGAUCUUGUCAAACCAGUCCAGACUCCAGUUGGAAAUGUUGGCCUUUCGAUCUGUUACGACGUCAGAUUCCCAGAACUCGGAUUGUGGAAUCGGUAUCAAGGAGCUCACGUAUUAACUUAUCCAUCCAGCUUCACUAUCAACACUGGACUAGCACAUUGGGAGGUAGGGAGAUUGUUUAUUCUUUUUGGUUUACAUUGUUAUUGUGAUAGCAAGUUAAUGCGUUUCAUCUCUCUUACAGAUUGUUAUUUUAAAGUUAUAGUUACUGCAUAAGUUAUCUUUAGAGUUUGUUAAGAGCACGUGCUAUCGAAACUCAAUCGUAUGUUGUCGCUGCAGCCCAGACUGGGAAGCACAAUGAAAAGAGAUCAUCGUAUGGACAUUCCAUGGUGGUCGACCCCUGGGGCGCUAUCGUAUCUCAAUGUUCGGAACGGGUUGGUAAGUUAUGAAAUCAUACAACCAUUAUGUAGUGAUUACUUAACUUCUUGAAAAAUUCAUUAAAAAAUUGAUUUUAAUAGUAUUGUUUAAUUACUUGCCUUAUUUAGACAUCUGUUUUGCCGAGAUCGACUUGGACUAUGUCAAAGAGAUUCGACAGGUACAGCCAGUAAUCGCACACAGAAGAAGCGACCUCUACAGUAUCCACUACAAUAGUGUACAGAAAAGUAAGUUUAAGAUAAAAUGGAAUAAACGUCAUUCAAAUCCCCUUUCCAGACUACGAAACUUUGAAAUUCGCUGAAAUCCCGAUUCCUCCAGAACAAAUCUUCUACCGAUCUGAAUAUUCAUAUUCCUUUGUCAAUUUGAAACCCGUCGUACCUGGCCGUAAGUCAAAUUGAACCCAUAAUUAGCUUUUUUGCAAAAUUAUUGUCUACUGUAAAUCACAUUGUAACAAACCUAAUAAUGCACAAUACAGAAGAAGAUGCCUUUCAGAUGUACUUGUAUCGCCCAUUAGACAAGUGAAACGACUAACUGAUUUGGAUGACAAGGAGACUGCCGAUCUGUUCAUCGUCGCCAAAAAGAUCCAAAAGUUCCUGGAAACGUACUACAAACUGAAUGCAACCACCGUAUGCGUACAAGAUGGUGCUGAUGCUGGACAAACAGUACCAGUAAGUAAGGUCUUCGCUAAAUAUGACGUGCUUUUACUAUAGUUAAAAACAUAUUUUCUAAAGCUAACGUCUGCCUAAAUUAUGUAUGUUAUUCUGAAUUACUACAUUCUAUAAAGAUCACAGACUUCUGAACAUAUUAUCAGUAACGUUUCAGCACGUCCAUGUUCAUAUUCUGCCGAGAAAGAAAGGAGAUGUUGGUGACAACUCCGACAACAUCUACAACGAGAUCGAAAAGGAACGAAAGGCUCGCGAUCCAAAAGAAAUGGCAGAAGAAGCCAAACUCUACCGUGAUUUACUUUACAAGAGCUAA